AUAUCGAGUUAGAGAGUUAGAGAGAGAGAGAGAGAGAGAGAGAGAGAGAGAGAGAGAGAGAAGAAUGAGGUUACAGAGAGAAGUGACGAUUGCUCUGGUUGUGAUUCUGAGCUUGAGUGUUAGGCUCAAGGCUCAGCUUCAAGUAGGGUUCUACGCAAACACAUGUCCUCAAGCUGAGUUCAUUGUGAGGAGUGAGGUGCAGCGGGCGCUUAGUGGUAAUGCCGGUCUUGGUGCUGGGCUUGUGAGGAUGCACUUUCAUGAUUGUUUUGUUAGGGGAUGCGACGGGUCUGUUCUCAUUGACUCAACGUCAUCGAACACCGCAGAAAAAGACUCUCCAAUCAAUAAUCCCAGCCUUCGAGGUUUUGAAGUGAUCGACAACGCAAAGACUAGACUCGAGGCUGCAUGUAGCGGAGUUGUGUCUUGUGCUGAUAUACUUGCUUUCGCUGCUAGAGACAGCGUUGCUUGGACUGGUGGAUUUAGAUAUCAGGUGCCAGCUGGAAGAAGAGAUGGAAGAGUUUCUUUGUCUUCAGACACCUUCACCAAUCUCCCUGGUCCGAGCCUUGGUGUCAGCCAACUCACUCAAAGCUUUGCCAAUAAGGGGCUCACUCAAGAUGAGAUGGUCACACUUUCUGGUGCACAUACACUUGGUCGGUCUCACUGUACAUCAUUCAGUAACAGGCUCUACAGUUUCAACUCAACUGUGAGCCAAGACCCAACCCUCGACCCAACAUAUGCCGCAUUCCUUAAGCGUCAAUGCCCACAAGGGAGCAAUGACACGAGCCUCGUUGUUCCAAUGGACCCCGGAUCACCUACGCGCUUUGACGCCAGCUACUACAACAACAUCAUCGCCAAUCGUGGGCUUUUCACCUCCGACCAGAGUUUAGGAUCGGAUAGCGGGACGUCAAGCCAAGUGAGGGCGAACGCGUUUAAUGGGGGCCUUUGGAAGAGCAAGUUCUCUCAGGCGAUGGUAAAGAUGGGUAAGAUUGGGGUGCUCACUGGAAGUGAUGGAGAGAUUAGAAAGAAUUGUAGGGUUAUAAAUUGAUUGUGUAGAUAUUUGUUUUAUUUUCUUGUUUACCCCCUUAGGCUGCGUUUGGCAAAGGGUCAAGGAAGAUGCAUUAAGGAGAAGGGUUAACUUAGUUAAUCCAUCGUGAAGGGUUAAAAAUAAUCUUAUUCUGUUUGGAUUCGAUAGUUAA